UAGCUAGUUACAGCUGUAUAUAGCUUGUACAUGUACUUGUAAGCUAUGAGAUCUAGUAGCUGAUUCAUGGACGGGAUAAUAUAUAUUUCGGGAGUUGUUAACUCCUGGUCUUGCACAUAGGCCGGAUGGCCUGCCUGCGCACAAAGAAUGGAAAACACAUGUGGUCAGGCAGGCGACCAGGAAAAAGCACGAAUGAAGCUGGGGUAUCACUUACCAUGUGAACAAUUUUCCAAAAUGCGGCAAGUCAGAGAUGCAACCCCCAAAAUACCCUCCAAAUGCACCAUUGCCAGCAGUGACAUGCACCGGACACAGCAACAACAAAGAUCAACCCAAUCGGAAGAGGAAGCGACCAGCCAUCAUGAAGAGGAAGAGACCACCAUGAACUUAGCGGAAGAGGACGACACCAUUGCCGACGGGGUUGAUAGGAAAGGAUAGCAAACUUCAUUGAGACAAGAAAAGUGAAAGAUAAUGAAGGGCGAAGGAGUAGCAGCACCCAAAAACUCAAGAAAUUUGGCGGCAAGAGCAAGCAAGAAGAAACGCCAGAGUAGCAAGGAGACAGGAAGGCGACAAUGUGCAUUGCCAGGACGGAGUCCUGCUGGCGGAUAGGGGAGGAUACUCACAAUUUGGAGUGGAACAACAAAUUACAUGGUUGGAAAUCGCUGUUUAGCCCACCCAAUGCGGCUGUUUGCGACAAGGAAUCGCCCAAAAAGAAAUUGGAGAUGGCAAUAUACGAGUAACACCAGCUGGCGAUACUCCCAAGCAAUACAUAGGCAGACGUUUUAGAUA